AUGGAAAGGUGAAAUCGCUAAAAGAAAUUUUAAAGUGUUGUGAAUUAGAAAGCAUACACAUUUUGAAUAAUUAUGUCAUUCUAGAAGAACUUGAAUUAUUAGCGAUUUUUAAAGAAUUUGCACUUAAAAAAUUUCGUAACUUAAAAGUAGGAGGAAUAAUUUGA